UAAAGUACAAGAUCAUUUAUGCUUAUAUAGCUUUCCAACCUUUGACAGGAGUUAUCCUCAUGUUUUAGAUUAUACUUUCAGUCUCUAUGGUUGACACAUGCAUUUAUGGUUGACACAUGCAUUUUCAUUUGGAUUCCUACUUGUUUUACAGUGCUGAAACUUUUCUGCUGGAGAAAUGUCUUCAGAAUCAGAAAAGGAUAAAGAGAGGCUCAUUCAAGCUGCUAAAACAUUCUUCUUUUACAUGCAAGAUCUUGCUUCCUUCACAAAUGCACUCACCAAAUUGUUCAACAGCAGUAUGAGCACUCAGAUCCUCUUGAUGACUGUGAAAGAAGAUGGUAAUGUGAAGGCUGUCUUUGAACAAAUGCUCAAAAUUUUUAAGGAGAUGCAGUCUGUGGUGGCGGCCAAGCAGGACCCAAUGCAAAGUGAACCUUUAAGUUCCAAGAUUGCAACAGCUAUGUCCUCUAUGGUUGAGAAGAGUAACAAUAUAAGGGAGGUGCAACAGUCAACCAAAGAAAUGUUCAAAAAUGUCCAGUUACCUAUCAUUGCCUCUGUGCUGAAUAGUGGUAACAUUCUUGAGAGUUUGGAAUCUUCUCUUUUACUCUUGAUGAAAUAUCCCAUCAUGAAUCUCCAGUUAAGUGACUUCUACAGGAAAGAACAAUCAGAUGCCACUACAUCUGAGAAAAGUCCAGGUCCAUCCAAAGCCACUACAAUAGAUGCCUUGAAAAAGUUGCAGGAUGCACUCAACAUUGAGAAUGCUAAGUAUACCAUUAAGUCAGCUGCAGAUCAAAUGGAACAAAUUGUCAAAACUAUGGGACCAAUCUUAGAGGUCCUCCAAAAAUCCAUAAAAACUAUGGAAACCAAGUUUUCUGUGUUUAAGAAACCCAGGAACUAGUAGGAGUGCAACAGAAGUAUUCAUGCUGGUCAGAAAACCAAUUCAAAUCAUGCAAGUUUUCAUAGUACUCCCUAAGACCCUCAGUGCCCAACAUGUGAUCUAUUGGGACAUGAAUUCAAAGAGUAGUCACCUGGCAAACCAUGUACCUCAACUUUUGCUUUAUUCAAAUAAAAAUAAAUAACCAAAGAAAUCCUGCUUAAAAUUGUGGUUCCUGAAAAGAAUAUAUUGUUCAAAAAAAGCAAAAUAUGAUAUGAUAUUUGAGGAUAUUUUUAAACAUUGUAUUUCAUCUUAAAGCAUAAUUGAAAUAACCUUCAAUUAAUUUCUACUGUUAGUAAUCCUAUUUCUAGUUUCUACAGUGCAAGGUCUAGGUAAAUAUAUACAUUAUCACUAAAUAAUGUUCAGGUCCUAGGAAACAAUUUCUCUAUUUUUGUCACCCAUAUACAAUUUCUGUACACUUCAGUGGCUUGCCUAUCAUAAGCCAUCACUAAAUACCUUUGACAUGAUUUAUCCAGAAGUAAAAAAGAAUAAUGAAUGAGGAGUAAUAGAAUUUUCUUGCCUAUGUGAAUAAGACCAAAGCAGAUGAGUCAGUCUUUGUUUCCUACUGAGGUCUUAUGAUGAGGAGAUAUUAGAGGUUGAAAAAUGAAAGUACUCUAACAUUUUACACAGACAUAUAGACACACACAGACACACAGACUCUCAUACACACACACAGACCUAACACUUGCUACUUGACCGAAACAGAAGUAAGAUUUCUGAGAUGUGCUUGAUUGAAUUGGGGGAAAAAAAGACAGAUCCAUUUGCCUGCCAUAAAGUCUUGGGUUCUCAUGAAUUGCAAAUGAGUGUAUGCUCUCAAGAUUGCCAUAUUUCCCUUUAUAUCUAAUAGGAACUUUGUGAAGCACAAGAAAGGCAAUUAAGGGCGCUAAUUUUUUUUUUUUCUUUUCAAGAAGUAUGAAAUUUACUAUUCAUUUUAAAAGCAGUUAACUCUAGUUCUCUUUUGGAAUUUUCCUUUCUGAGAAUACCAGACCUUUCCUCAUUUAAAUAUUUUCUUGUUAAAAAUCUUAGAUCCCAUUUUCUCUUUCAAAAAAAUAAAUGCUUGCUUUUCAUCUAUAUCUCAGAGGAACUAAGCAGCCUGGACUUUCAGAAUUCAUGGGUUUGGAACUAGCUUUCAUCUUCACCCCCAUUUAGCUCAAUUAGUAGGGUCUUUAGAGACCUAGUGAUUCCCCAUCAACCCACUUAUCUUGUCUACUCCCUGAAAGAAGAGUCGGAGAACAUUCUUAGCUGGGAAGUUGGAUUUGCACUUUUAAAAAACCUAAUUGUUUGCACAUAAUGGGGAUUCAAUAUAUCUUUGAUAUUUGCUGGGUAAUUAGAUGUUUUACUUCUUUAUCUUCACACGCAUAUACUUGCUUUCUUAGCAAAUGUGCUUAAAUUUGCAGUGAAGGCUUAAAAUCCAAUUUGCCAUAAAGUCCUCUGGAAAUUAACAUAUGAGUUUAAAUUCUAACUUUUGUGAUAGUUUAGAAGAAAUGUGUGUGCAACACCCCAUUACAGGCAGUAAGAUUCCACUGACAUCUUUCAUUAACUUCCCUUUUUAUUUCUUGCAUUUCUGUGUUUUGUCCCAUCUGAGACAGACAGGCUGGGACCUGAGAUCCUUUGCUACAGUCCUGCAGUACUUGGACCUAGACACACCUGUAUGGGAAACUGUAUGGGACUACAAAUAACUGUGCGUGGGUAGGUGAAAUAAAUUCUGGACCCAAAAGAUACAAAGAAACCCAAAACCCAACUGCCACAUCUGAAGAGCCCUGAGCAAAAACAGGGUACUGCACAAGCCCCCUGCACACACCACCACCUAAAGAGUGGGCAAAACACCUAAGCCACCCCUCUGGCCUGACCGGUAGACACAUUCCUACCCUCACACAAGAAACAGGCUUGCCCUUCCCCUCUCUCAGGGAGCAAGCAAGCAAGGGAGCCUGUUGUUUGCUCUCAGGUUCCUCCUGCUGCUUCCCGGGUGGUUCAGAGGUUAAAGCAUCUGCCUGCAAUGCGGAAGACCCAGGUUUGAUCCCUCGGUGGGGAAGAU